CGAUGGCUUGCUAGGGGGCCGGAGGCUGGUAGACACAGCCAUCAAGUGCUUUUUAUACAGUAGGUGCACCUCAGAGGAGCCAGAGAAGAGCAGUUUAAGGCUCCCGGACGCUUUACCAGAGAGCUAUCUGAGAGCCCAGCACACAGGCAAGGAGCCCCAGCCGGCUUCAGGGCUGUAAGGACAACCAGAAACUUUACUGGAAGGGAGCUAAAGACAGCUUUUGUCCACAGCCCCUCUCUUUCACUUUAUUAAAAACUUUUUUUUUGCGUGAUUCCCCGCAGUUUUGUUUUGCGAAUCGAAAGAGCUUUCCAGAAGGAAUGGCAAGACACAGGAGCCAGACCCUACCGCACGGGCCCUUCCUCCUUCUCUUCUUUCUCCUCCUCACCUCCGCGGAGGAGUACGACUACUACAGCUGGCAGGCGGACAACGUCCACCACGGGCGCUUCUACGCCAAGCAGCCGCAGUGCGUGGACAUCCCGGCCGACUUGCGCCUGUGCCACGACGUGGGCUACAAGAGGAUGCGGCUGCCCAACCUGCUGGACCACGAGACCAUGCCCGAGGUCAAGCAGCAGGCCGGCAGCUGGGUGCCCCUCCUGGCCAAGCGUUGCCACGGCGACACGCAGGUGUUCCUCUGCUCCCUGUUCGCGCCGGUGUGCCUGGACCGGCCCAUCUACCCGUGCCGGUCGCUCUGCGAGGCGGUGCGCAACAGCUGCGCCCCCGUCAUGGAGGCCUACGGGUUCCCCUGGCCGGACAUGCUGCAGUGCAACAAGUUCCCCAUCGACAACGACCUGUGCAUCCCCAUGCAGUCCAGCGGCAGCUCCACCGCGCUGCUGCCAGCUUCCAAAGCCUGCCCACCUUGUGACAAUGAGCUGAAGGCCGAUGCUAUAAUGGAGCAUUUCUGCGCCAGUGAUUUUGCGCUGAAGAUGAAGAUAAAAGAGGUGAAGAAGGAGAAUGGGGACCGCAAGCUGGUGGCAGCGCAGAAAAAGAAGAAAGUGCUGAAGAUGGGCACUCUGAAAAAGAAGGACCUGAAGAAGCUGGUGCUGUACAUCAAGAACGGGGCGGACUGCCCCUGCGCGCAGCUGGACAGCCUGGGCAGCAGCUUCCUCAUCAUGGGCCGCAAGGUGGACCAGCAGCUCCUGCUCACCUCCAUCCACAAGUGGGAGAAGAAGAGCAAGGAGCUCAAGUUUGCCGUCAAGUACAUGAAGUCGCAACAGUGCCCCACCUUCCACACGGUCUUCCAGUGACCUACCCCUCCCCGUCGCCCAGCAAUGCCACCCACCCCCCCCCCAAACUCCAUAAUCCCACCCCGAAGGGACCGCCCCUCCACACCUCCUCCUCUUUCUACCCCCCUCACCCAACAAUCUCAUUAUUUCAUGUUUAUUAUUUUCCAGUAUUUUACUCAGUUUAUGUUUUUUUUUUUCUUUUCAACAAAAAUGGAAAGACCCAAGGCUCUGGUUGUGAUGUUGAUGAGGUGCAGCGUUUCGAAACAAAGCCACGUAAUCCCACAGGGAACGGCCGCUCCCUCUUACGCAAGGCUAGGACAGAAAACAUUUCAUUUCUACUCAUAAAGAGGUUGUCUUUAUUCCCGUUCUAAUAACAAUGACAGAAGCAGAAUUUAAAUGUCUUGGGCCAAAUUGCUGUGCGGGAGCCAUUUGCCGUGUGGGAGUCAAGUUCGUUUUUUUAAUUGUAAUGAAGACCACGUGUGGAGAAGUGAGACAGUGCAGGAAUGGAAGGUAUCGAAAAGACAAACUGCUCAUGGUGGAGCAGGGGGGAGGAGGAGGGGUGGGUUAAAAAUAGAAAAAAAAGGAGUGUGUGUCAUUCCAAUGACGAGAGGUAAAAAGUAGCUACCUCUCUAUUUAACAGAAAGUGCCCCUGAGAUGUUCACUAUUGGGUAUGGUCCACUGUGUGGAAGAAAAAAAAAAACUACGCUAAUGAAGAAAACACCACCAACCCACCUGGAAUUGAUACAGGAAGACCAAUUUCAUUUUUGUGUUGAUAUGGGGAAAUAUAAAAAAAUAUAUAUAUCCAGCAAAAAGUAAAUUGUCAUUCUGAAAAGGAAGUGAGAUUGGAAGCAAGGAAACCCUCUUUGCCACUGAAGCUGCCAGCGAGUGUUCUACAGCAUAGCGGCCACUGUUGGCCAGCGGCGGGACUGCAAGCAGCACUGGGGCCACUCCUGCUCUCAAAGAGGAGGUAAUUUGGCCCUGGGCCUCUGGCCUGGAACAUGAGAGAUUCUGGAUUGAACCUGUUCAUUGGUUUGUGAGAUCACUUCACUCCUGUAAAUGAGUAUAAUGUUCAUUUAUUUUAUACUGGUUUUAUUCCUAAUUUGCUUCAGAUACCAUCAACAGGAUCCAUUAAAAUACCACCUGCAUUCACUGUUCGCUGUAAUAAAUUAGAAAACCUUUAA